UAGGUGUGUUUGCACAUAUAUUUUCUACUGCAUCCGAGUGCAUUGCAGCCGCCGACGGUUGUCGCCCGCCUCGCGCAAUUGAAGCGUCCUGCAGCUGCUUCGUCACAAAACACGUAGUGAAGCCACUGGGUAUGUUCUGAGACUGUCGCAGCCCUUUCGGCGGGGCCAGAGCCACCGAGUAGCGAGCGCAGACCAGCAGCACUAUGGGCUUUGAAGGCCGGGGCGGAGGCUUCGGCGGCCGCGGGCGCGGCCGUGGUGGGGGCGGCCGCGGCGGAGGCGGUCGCGGCGGAGGAGGCCGCGGAGGACGCGGUGGCUUUGGAGGUCGGGGCCGGGGCCGGGGAGGCCCCGGCGGGCGCGGCGGUGGGCUAGGAGCACGCGGGGGCGGCGUGGCGAAGAAGGGUGCCGCUGCAGUGGACGGCGGCAAGAACAAGAACCGCUCCAUCAAAAACACAAUCCGUGGCGUGGAGCGCCUGCUGAAGCGGGAGGGCCUGGACCCGCGGGUCCGCGCCGCCAAGGAGGCGGAGCUGGCGGAGCUGCUGCAGCAGCAGGCCGCGCACGGGCGCCAGGAGCUGGAGCGCAAGUACGCCGUGAGGUACCACAAGGUCAAGUUCUUUGAGCGUGUGAAGCUGGAGCGAGCUAUUAAGAAGCUGGAGCGAGCGCUAGCGGACGCGGCAGGCGGCGGCGCCGCCGCUGCUCCCGCCGCCGCCCCGGCGGCCGCCAAGAAGGCCAAAAAGGGCGCAGCCGCUGCCGCUGGUGCUGGUGCUGGUGGUGGCGGCAGCGAGGACGGCGAGGAGGACGGCGAGGAGGAGGAGGUGAACGACGACGCGGAGGCGGCGCAGGCGGCGGCGGACGUGGCGGCAGACCCGGUGGCUGCGGCCGCCCGGCUGGCAGGGCUGAAGGAGGACCUCAUAUACGUGCUUAACUUUCCCAAGGGUGAGAAGUAUGUGUCCAUCAUCAAGAACGCGGAGGAGCCGGAGGCGCAGGCGCACCUGGAGGCCGAGCGCGAGCGGCUGCGCGCCAUCGUCCGCAAGCAGAUGGCGGAGACAGCGGCGGUGACCGAGGCGGAUGAGGGCCGUGCCCUACUCGGCGACAAGGCGCUCCCGGCCGUGGCCGCGGCUGCCGCCGACAAGCCCAGCAACAAGAAGGCGGUCGCGGCGGCGGCGGCGCCUGCAGCCAAGGCAGCCCCCGCCGCUGCUGCCAAGGCGGCCCCGCGCAAGGGCGCGGCGGCUCCCGCGAAGGCGGCGCCGGCGGCGGCUCCCUCGCCCGAUGCGAGCGACGAUGAGGAGGAUGCCGACGAUGAGGAGGACGAUUUCUUCCUGGGCGGGUCCGACGGCGAGGAUGACAUCGCCGCGGGCGCAGCCGCGGCGGCGAAGGGCGCGCAGCCGCAGCGCCAGCAGCCGGCCGCAGAUGACGACGACGACAACGACAAGGAGGAGGAUGAAGAUGACGAGGAUGGCGAGGAGGAUGAGGAGGAUGAGGACGAGGACGACGAUGAGGACGAGGAGGACUUGGAGGCAGCGUAUCGGCCCGCGCCGGCUCCAAGGGGCCCACCGGCCAAGAAGGCACGCGUGGAGGCGCCCGCACCAGCACCAGCUAAGCAGCGGCCCGCAGCGGCGGCGGCGGCGGCGCCCGCGAAGGGUGGCAAGGACGGCAAGCCGGGCAAGCACGUUUUUGCCGCUGUGGCUGGGAGCGAGGAUGGUGCAGAGGAGGACGAUACGGAUGACUUCUUCCUCGGUGAGGGCGAGGAGCCGGAAAAUGGCGAGGAGGAGGAGGGUGUGGCGGCGGCGGCGGCGCGGUCAGCGCAGGCGGGCUCCAGGAAGCGCUUCUCCUCCGGAGCUGGGGAAGAGGAGGGCGAUGAGGAGGAUGAGGAUGGUGGGAAGGGGUAUCAGCGCAACGGCGGCGGGCGCGGAGGCCGCGGCAGUGAGCGUGGCCGCGGCAGUGAGCGUGGCCGCGGCGGCUUCGGGCGCGGCGGUGGGAGUUACGGGCGCGGUGGGCGAGACGGCGGCGGUGGGCGCGGUGGCUUCGGGCGAGAUGGUGGCGGUCGGGGCGGGCGCGGGCGGGGCUGGGACGGGGGACGGGGCGGUGGCCGUGGCGGGAGAGGUGGCGAGGGUGGCGGCGGCCGCGGAGGCUGUGGCGGCCGCGGUGGCGGACGGGGCGGUUUCUCCGGCGAUGGUGAUGGUGGCGGCCGCGGAGGUUACGGCGGCGGCGGCGGCCGGGGAGGCUUUGGUGGCGGCGACGGAGGCGGCGGUCGUGGCGGCUUUGGUGGCGGCGACGGCACGGGCGGCCGGGGAGGGUUUGGAGGCGACCGUGGGAGGGGAGGCCGCGCUGGCUUUAGCGGCGGGCGGGGCGGGGACAGGGGGCGGCAGGCAACGCCGCCGCCGGCGGACAAGCAGCCGCUGCGGAAGCGCGCUGAGGGCGGCCGCAAGCGCCGGAAGUAGAGCGCGGUGAUGGUGGGUUGGAACAGACAGGAUGGCCGCCACAUGCGUGCAGCAUUUGCGCGUGUGCGUGUGUUGUUUGAGGACCAGCAGGGGUGCCCCUGAGGACCAGGCAGGUCGCUGGUGAGGCGUGAUUGCGGCUGAAGAGAGAUGGAUUCGGUUCGUGUUGCGCAGCUGUCGGCUGGCCACUGGCUGGAGGCCUGAGUGUUGGGCAUAGCUUUCACAUACGCAGCAUCAUUGGCAACGACUGAGUGCCAACAGAACACUGCCGCGGGGAGAUACUGGAACAGUGCCUUAUGUAACAAGUCACUAGU